AUGGCGACUCGGAGACCGCCUGGGAAGAGGCCGCCGUCUGCAAGACGACCUCAGGUACGGUAUUCUGGUUCUGGAAGUUUUCCCAGAGGUCCAGCCAGGGGAGAUAUCCCAAGGAAGCAAGCCAGCGUUUCCCACAGAGAGACCCGCUUGGAAAAGAUUGGCGACAUCUCUGAAGCUAAAUCAUCGACUACCACGAUAGCCUCAAAAGUCAAAGCAGUCUCGGUACACACGACGCGCUCCAAAACCUCAAGAGGGGCUUCGUUUGAAUCUUCAUCAAUAUCGGGUACUACCAUUGAAGGAUCUUCAGGACCGACAAAGGAAGAAAAAGAGGCGCGCAAGAAGGCGAUCAGAGUCGCCCGCAAAGAAAACCGCAAUGCCGACCCUGCGUUCGCUUACCUCCCAAAGGGUCUAAACAACAAAAUCCGUGACAGGGAUCCCCUGAAAGCCAAGCUGAAGAGAUUGUUUAAACCAAAGAAGAAAGUUGUCCACAAACCUCUGGAUAGAAGUCAACCAGUGGCGACCCCAAGGCUAGGCUACAGAUUUGACCGGCCUCCCCCGGCUCCAGCUAGGUACAUUCCACCAAUUGCGCCAGCCAAGGAUCUCAGCCAACAUAAUGAAUUGGAUAAAAGGGGGGCAAUCUUGGGUUGCGAGUUUCAAGCACUCGCUGAGACAACAGAAGAACGGGAGAAGCACAUCAGGCAGGCGCAAUUUGAGUUUGAGCUUAGAAAGGCGACGGAAAGAAGAUUACGAUUGGAAGGAAGACAGCAAUUCAAUGAUCCUAAGAUUGGAAGAGCACCGCCGAUCACUCGGAGGGCAUUCCUAGAACCUGCGCGUCAAAGACAAACACGAGAGAAUCGAUCCGAAUCUAUGCCUCUCAAUUUUGCUGCUACUCCUAAGAUUGCCGAAAAGAAGCCCCGAGAAAGUCUACCCACAGAAAAAUCACGACCACAUGAAUGGGACCAUGCAUUUGGAAAGCCAAGGCAGAUUCCUCGACUGAAAGACAGCACAGAAACCUCUAUCGAAGACUUAACAGGAGAAACUACGCCUUGCUCAUCGAAAGAGAUCGUGCCACACAAGCUUCUUCAUCAAAGCAAUUUGUGCUCCCAUAAAAAGCCACGUCGAAAGCUAUCGGUAACAUUUGCCGAGUCAGUUGAAUCAUUUACCAUCCCAAGUACGGACUAUGAUACAAAUGAUACAUCUGAUACUACGGAGCUUGGCAACAGUGAUCUUGAUAGUAGUAUUGUGGCAGCGGGAAAUGUAGCUGGCUCCGAGCAUUUAUCUGCGAUUUAUGAAGUUUACUAUCCCCAGCCUGUUCUACGUCGAAAAUCAAUCAAUGAACACUCAAGAAGAAGGUGCAAUAGAAGGACAAUCCGUAGUGAAGAUGACCUUGAGCAAUUGUUUCUUUCGGAAACACGACGAAGCGAAGUUCAAGAAUGUAAGAAGGAUGAUGCAUUGAGAGGCAUACUUUCAGUCCCUCAAAAGAUUGAUAACAAAGCAAUGGAAAAUUCUGAGGGUGGUACUCAAGCAUAUUGGAGUAUGUCAGAAUCUGUGGAUGAAAGUCCAAAAUCUAGUCCAAAUUCUUUUAAGCAAUUCCCUCCAAAUCUUGCUAGAAGAGACUCUAGCCUCCCUUCGAGCAACUUCCACAACCAGACUAGCCCAGUCAAAGAUUUCCGCACUGCAUCUUAUGAUACAGUCACCAACCUUUUACUGGUAUCAAAUACACCAGCACCUCCCAUCCCCCCAAAAUCACCACUGAGAAGUCAACCACAAUCAAAUCCCUUUACUUAUACCGUCAAAGACACUUUGAUCACCAAUAAACUCAUUGCAGAUAAUAAUUUAUUGCUUGCCAAGUAUCAGGCCGAGUUGAACAAACUACGAGAAGAGCAUAAGGAGAAAAUGAAGUUCUUAAGAAAGAAGAGGCAAGAGCAUCGAGAUAAAUAUGGUUCCCUGAGAAACUUGCAGGAUGAUCCCGGUGAUCCUCUUGUCAGGCCACAGUCGAGAUUCAGGACCAAGUUCUCUAAAUUCUUUAGAUCAGCAGUAGAAGAAGUGACAAGGGAAGACAGUGAGGGAGCAAUACGAAGCGCUUGUGAAAGAGAUUCAUCAGAGGUAGAAGAGGCUUUUGUCAAUCUUCUGAGGGGGUUUAGCAACCAGAACAAUUCUGCUGUUGAUGAUCCUUUAAGAUCUAAUACAGGAAUCAAUCAAAACUACAGCAACUCCAGAAAAGCUCUUCAUUCACAUCACAAGGAACCUUAUGGGGGUGAAUUGGGGAAGACAAAAAGAACAAGACAAACAUUUGCAAGAGUUACUCCUGAUCGGAAGGAGAGUGCACAGGGACAGGACAAGGGAACAAGCGGCGGCUAUUCCUCGGCUCGCGGACCUGUGGUUGAUAGUACACCAAAGGGUAUUCAUAGUCAAGAAUCAAUUCCAAGGCCAUAUUAUGAUGCUCUUACACCUUCACAAAAGUCCGACUUUGGUUACCAUUACCGCAAACCCUCAGCGGAAUACAUUGCUACUUUGUCCGAAGAGGCCAAUGAAGAACGUAUUUUGAAGGAAAGAGAACAAGCAGAACGAGCCAACGAAGCCGUUCUCCUCGUGUGUAACAAUCUUCUGCGAGACGUUGAUGGUCUCGAAGGAGCAGGAGACUUCUACGAUACGAGAGGAUUCGGUGGAAGAAGCACGAGAAACGGUGGUUUAUUUGGAUCCAGAACUCAAAAUUCGUCUUCGCGCGAUCCACAAAAUUCCAAAGCAGAUCACCAGACAAGUAGACAGUCUGCUGCCGCGCAACGAAUUCAAACCGCGCCAAGUCGGCAAUCACAAAGAGUUUCAUCAAACGCUUCUUCCGCUAGUGGACAAUACACUAGAGAAGAAUCGGAUAAGUGGAUCAGUUCUGAUACGCUCGCUUUGCACGAAGCCGAGGAUUGUGACACAGGGGGUGUUUGCCGUGUCUAUUCCCAGGGCUCAACUUCUGAGAAAGUCCCUGAGAAGAAGAUAUCAAUUGACCAAGAAGUCACGUUGAAACAGGAAGCUCAGCUUACGGCUAAUCAUCAACGGGCAGAAGCGCGUAGAGAACAGCGUAAAGCAGCUAUCAAAGCUCAUCAAGAAUCUAAAGCUUUUCUGCCUCAAUCCCAAGAAAAGAAAGCCGAAAAGCAAGCCAAGUCCCCAACGUCACUUUCACUUCGCCAACCAGAUCAAAAUCCAGUCAACACUGCUCGUCUCAGGUAUCUUAUCUUAUAUAACAGAGAUCGAAAUAGUCUUGAAGAGGGAGAAGUCAAAAAUCUUUGCGCAAUACACUAUCCAGACGGUAAUCUUCGUAAGAAACCUGAACCAGACGAAAGUAACAGUUCCGUUCCAGCGACAACUGCCAAGAAGUUGAAUGCCCCUACAGGAUUUACCAGAGAAUUGUACGCGCCUACCGCGGUCAAUCCUGCCAGACAAGUACCUGCUCUUACUAUCCUCGGUCCUUCCAGAGAACAGCAAGCUAUUUCUGCACCCAAUUCUGUCGAACGUGAUAGACUGCGCGUGGAUAUACUUCAAAAUAACCGGAACAUCUUUACUGGCUCUCCAGUUUCUAGAGGUGCCCAUACUUUCGGCUUUGACUCUCUGCUAAAUUCUCCACAGCGAAAUUCAAAUACUCCAGUAACUCAGGUAGCAUAUCGUUCCCAAUUACCCCAACCUGGAAGUUCUCCAAGGGAGCUCCAGGCACCUGCUCUUUCGUCCCAAGGUGACAGAGCAAAGUUGUCUCCUUCUGGAUUGGGAGCACCACAAAACUGGUCGCGAAAUAGCUCACCCACGAAUCAAGAGCCACUUAUCAGCUCGCGUCUUCGACAACCUUCCUCCUCAAUCCGUCAACCAGCUCUUUCACCCCGCAAUAAUACAUCAGUGGCAGGAGUCCAUUUUGCCGCAAUGGACCAACUCCAAGUCGGAAAUUCCGAACCGGUUUCGGUCAAGACAAAAGCUAUUGAGGAUGCAAGGCAAAUGCAAACUUCAGUAAUUGAGGCAGCAACUAAAGCAGGGAAGGAGCCACCAAAAUAUGCGUUAAUAGAAUUAAUUGGAAAGGGGAGUUUUGGGCGUGUUUACAAAGGAAAGGAUAUGGUAUCGGCUGCCAUUGUGGCCGUGAAGAUCAUCGACAUUGAAGAGAGCGAUACGAUCAAUCCCAAGAAUGCCAAUUCCUAUGCCGAAUUCUUGAAAGAAAUUACCGCUUUGAAAACUUUAAGUGAAAAUAAAGCUAGGAAUAUCAAUCAUGUCAUCGAGGCACUGCCAGUUGGGCAAGCGAUGUGGAUGAUUACGGAAUACUGUGGUGGAGGAAGUGUUGCUACUCUAAUGAAGCCUACCGCUCCUGGUGGCUUGCAAGAAAAAUGGAUUAUACCAAUUCUUCGUGAGGUUGCCGAAGCUAUUAAAUGGGUACACGAAGCUGGUAUCAUACAUCGAGAUAUAAAAUGUGCGAAUGUUCUUAUUACAGAGGAAGGAGCGGUUCAGCUCUGCGACUUUGGUGUUGCCGGAACUAUAGAAACGAAGGUCGACAAGAGAUCGACCGUUAUUGGUACACCACAUUGGAUGGCACCAGAAUUAUUCGAUGCUGUUCCCAGCUAUGGCAAAGAAGUUGAUAUUUGGGCGUUCGGUUGUAUGGUUUAUGAGAUCGCCACUGGUCUACCGCCUAAUGCCAUGAGUCGACUUCCUUUUGAUCGACUUGGUUCCCUUAUAAAACAACAUGCUCCGCGUCUUGAAGGAGGGGAUUAUUCAGACGAUUUAAGAGACCUUGUGGCGUUCUGUUUGGAAGAAUUUCCAAGUGAACGUCCUUCAAUUGACCGGGUUCAGAAUCAUCCUUACAUCCACAACACUAGUGCAAAAUACCCUAUGUCUUCGCUCUCCCAUCUCGUCAGAGCAUUUAAAUUGUGGGAGGAUCAUGGCGGGAGUAGAAAAUCACUCUUUAUGUUAGGGGGAGCGCAAGCACCGUCGGAGUUCUCUUCUACGGCUUUGUCUGAUGAUGAAUGGAAUUUCAGUACUACUGCUGCUUUCGAACAGGAAGUCAGGCGUAAAUCGACCGCCCAAGAUGUCUACGAUGUUUAUGGCUCAAAUGUUGAAUUUGAUGCUAGUUUUCCUCAAGAGACUGCCCGUCCACCACCUCCAAAAGGAAGACGUCGACCUCCGCCAGAAGCACUAGCACCACUUCGUGGCCCACUAGAAAAGAUAUUUGACCCAAAUACACUGUCAAGUUAUGAGGAUAAUAGUCGCAAUCAUUAUGGUCGCCCGUUCUUACCACCAACUUCAGAUUUACCACCUGUACCAUCUCGCUCGGAUUUACCUUUACGUGAUGAUACUGCACAAACAUCUAUUAGGGAUACUAUGAUUGAUCUUGGAGGUCAUGAUGCAGAAACGGGUAUAUCUGUCUUUCCGGAUAUGGAUACUAUCAAAGCUGGAAGACGUGUACGGGACGAACCUGAUGAAGACUAUAUGACCACAUUACCUGACUUUAGCCGACCAGCACUUAGCGAUCCCGCUGAUAUUAACCCAAAUCGUCGUACCCGAGAUUGGAAAUUUCCAGCAAUGGUCCCACCUGCAUCAGCAGAUCCAGAAGUCUCCAGAUUUCCUCCUUCAACUUACGAGGUCCCAAAACCAGCCUUUACUCCAGGCGUUGGUGGCCGUCCUGCAUUGAUUCAUCAUCCUACUGAACCUUUAGGUGGAUUCAGUGGUGGUCUUCCACCUGCAGAAAUUCACACUGGAAUGUCUCGCUUAUCCGUUCGCGAAUCCCUCAUUGAUCUAGAUAUGAGUAUGCCAGAUUCAAUACCAGCUUUUAAUCCUGACUUUGGUCGACCCUCAACAGCAGAUUCUGAUGCUAUUUCGAUUUUGAGCGACUCAGGACAAGCCAUGUCAUCAUCUACGGUCAAUCCAUUCGAACUCGAGCGUCAUGCUUCAUUGUAUCAACCUACCUCUCACUCACGCGAGCCUUCACUCUAUGCACCUUCCCACUCACGCGAACCUUCUUUAUAUGCACCUUCCCACUCGCGUGAACCUUCCAUAUACACCACCGCUCACGAACGCGAGCCUUCCAUAUAUGCCACCUCUCACGAGCGUGAACCCUCCAUCUAUGUAACUGAAGAAAUGGGAUCUUUCUCGGCCUCAGUCACUCCUCCUCCUGAAGGUACAUCACGUCCACUUCGUGCAGAUCGUCCUCCUCGUCUUCGAACCGGCAACGCUCUUCGUGACAUAGCUGAUAUUUCAGACUUUUCAGACUCGGCCGCUGAAAGCACUUUAGGUUACAUCACAGAUACAAAUGAUACAGACUCAGACUACGCAACCGCUUCAACCACUUCAAUCCAACCUCCUCCACCAACUAGUCAUCCUCGCGACCCGAACACUCCAUACACUAUGGCACAUUUUCCCUAUUUACCUAAUGCUCCUUCCGUGCGCGCAUUAACGGGCGAAGCAGCUCACGAAGAAAUGGCUUUCGAGAUGUCUCGAAUGUUAAGGGGUCUAACUGGCCAACUUGAAGCUUUUCGCGAUGUCUAUGGUUCUGAGGAAUUGGCUCGUCGAUCUCAUCAAAGACGUGAACGGAGAGAUAAUGGGGAGAAUGGUGUUUAG